GGUUCUGGUCUAUUUUUUUACGAAAAGUGAAGUUAGAAAAUCCAUUUUUUAAUAUAUUUUAUUAAUAAAGUGCUAUUAUUUGUCUACAUUUAAAAAAAUAAUAAUUGUAAUAAUAUGCAUUUAUAAUCUAACGAAUUAAUGUGAAUUGCAAUACUAUAUUCGCUUGUGUUAAGUUGUUGAAAGUUUUUUUGGUAUUAAGAUUGCUCCAUUUUUUGAGACUCCGCUGGAAAAACAAUAAAAAAUAUUGGCAUAGUAUUAUUAACAAAAAUGUUUUGUUGUGCUGGUAAAAAAAAGAAGAAAGCUUGACAUAAAUGAAAAUAAAUACAAUCAUUUUAAAAAUGAUAUUAAAAAAUAAAUUAUAUUCAAUGCUGAUUUAAAAUAAAAAAUAUUGUUAUUAUUGGAUUUGUGUAUUUGCAUAUGUUGUGCGUAUUUCCAAAUUGUAUCUAGUUGGCUAAACUACUUCAAAAAGAUAAUAACCUUAAAUAAUGGCAGCUGCUGCUGUAGCGGGUGCUGCUGUUUCAGCAAACGAAAUUGAUGAAUUCAUCAAUGGUGCACUUGUUUCGUGGUUGGAAUCCUGCCUCUCUCGGCCAGAAAUUCUUACGGGUUAUUCUUCUCUCCUUGAUGGCCUAAUCAUUCACAGUGUAUGGCUUCAGAUCGACCCGGAACCACAAAAUAAUCCAAGCGAAAUAAAUGAUAACAACGACGUAGCUCUAUGCAUUGCUAGAGCGAAAAAUUUUGAAUGUAUAGUACGAAAUUUAAAAUCAUUAUUUGAAGAUGAAUUUGGACAGACCAUUUUGGUGCUACCAGAUUGUUAUAUACUCGGUUAUCAUCCCGAAACUAAACAGGGUUUGGAACAAAUGAAAAUAUUAUUAACACUACUACUAGGUGCUGCAGUGCAGUGUCCAAAUAAAGAACUUUUUAUUGGUAGAAUAAAAGAAUUGGAUGUGGAAACGCAACAUGCGAUUGUUGAGUUAAUAAAACAGGUCACCGAUAAUCAUAGCUUAGUUCUGACGGAAGAAUCUUUGGAUUUGCUUACGCCUCAGGCCAUGUAUAAUCACAUUUUAAGAUUAACCAAAGAACGUGAUAGCAUGUAUUUAAAGUGGAUUUCAUCGGUGUGUACGGAGCGCGAUAUAUUGAGCACUUCAGGCUGUGGUGACAAUUCUUCCAAUUUGUCAUUAUCGGCUUCGAGUGGACUGACAGCUACACCGAUUUCGUCCACAUCAAAUACAGAAAAUAAUCAUAUGGCAGUUGAAUUGGCAGAUUUAAAAUCAAAACUAAGAAAAUUGCGUCAAGAGCUUGAGGAGAAGUCAGAAGGCCAGUUGGAACUACGCGAAGAACUGGAACACAAAAAUGCUCAGUAUGAAAAACUUCGUUUAGAAAGCCAGGAGUGGUAUUCUGAAGCAAAGCGUGCUUCAGCAUACCGCGAUGAGUUGGAUGUUUUAAGAGAACGCGCCGAAAGAGCAGAUCGUUUAGAAAUAGAACUACAAAAAUUCAAAGAGAAACUUACAGAUUCCGAGUUCUAUAAGACAAGGGUUGAAGAACUUCGCGAAGAUAAUCGAAUGCUUUUAGAGUCAAAGGAAAUGCUAGAAGAACAAUUGCAACGAUGGCGCAAAAGAUCGGAACAUGUUAUGACUUUGGAGUCAGAAAUCAUUAAAUAUAAACAAAAGCUGAAUGAUAUGGCACUAGAAAGAGACUCUGAUCGUUCUAGAUUAGAGGAAUUAAUAGAAGAGAAUACCCAACUACAAUUGGUUGCCAAGAAUCUUAAUAGUACUUUAGACAUGGACAAGUCAUUUUCUGAUAAUGACGAAGAGUGUAAUUCGGGUGACAAUAGUUUAUCUGAACAAUUGACAAAUAAUGCUCAGACACGUGCAUUAAAAUUAGAGCUAGAAAAUCGGCGGCUCACGGCUGCACUAGAUCAACUUAAAGAAUCUUCUUUCCACGAAUCCACCAAUAAAAUGUUAGAAUUGGAGAAAGAAAAGAAGAAAUUAAGUUUAAAAAUUGAACAGAUGCAAGACAAUAUUCAACGUCUAUCUCAACAAAACAUUGAACUAGAAAAUGUAUUCAAAGAUGCGCUAGAGGAAAAUAAGAAAAUGCAAAUAACUUUAGAUCAGCGUCAAAAGGCCUACGAUAAACAAAGUCAAGAACGUGAGGUAGAGCGCACGAAAAUAUCUGAUUUAGAAAAACAUGUAGAAACACUGAAUAAGGAAAAACAACGUAUUCAGACACUUAACGAAAGUGUGCAACGCCGUGCCGAUGACUUAGAACGUAUGGUUGAUUCGCGCUCAAAAGAGAUUGAACAGUACAUAGAGAAAGUGAAAACUUUUGAAAAUACUAAAGAAACUGUUUAUGAGCUGCAAGCUAAACUUAAUACAUUCGAACGGGAAAAUGCCAGCCUUGCUAAAGAAGUGGCAAAAUUAAAAGAGAACCUCGAAGAGAAAUCAGUGUUGUUGGAUGGUCAGUGUGCAGUAGUUGAAAAUCAAACUAAAGAAAUAUUACGCUUAACAAAAUCUCUAGAAGAAGCUGAACUUACUCAGGUUCGACUUAAUGACUUGGAAGUGCAAAAUCAGGAACUGGUAUCCCAACGAGAUAUUGAUUUACAAACCAUUGCCACUCUACGCAAUGAUUUGGUCACUGGCACUCUGGCCACCAAUAAAGUGAGGCACAAUUUGGAAAAACUUGGCUUAAAUGUCGAUCCCACAGAUGAAAAAACUGAGUUGAAUGUAGAAACAGUUGUAGAAAAAUUGGUACGCAAUCCGGAAACAUUUAAAACCGUGCGUGAAAUUAUGCUCAAUGUUUCUAAGGAACAAUUAGAAAAUGGUAAUGCUAAAUCAGAUAUUUGUGUACUUUGUCAUCGGAAAGAAGUAUUUACCGUUGAAAAGAACAUAGAACUCUCUUCAGCUUCUGAAGUUUUUGAAAUAGCGGAGUUAACAAAACUUUCAGAAGCCAACACACAACUAAGUGCGCUAAAUGUGGCACUGCAAUCAACAUAUGACCAACUACAAGCCGAAAAUGCCCGCUUUAAAGUUGACGUUGCUACAUUAGGUUCCCAGAUAACCUCAUUAAAUACGCAACACGUUGCAUUACAAUUGGCCAAUUCUCAAUUGGCUGCUGACAAAGAUGUACUUUUGAAAGAAAAUGAACAGCUCAAAAAAGAGCAUAAAAACCUUCUACAGGAUCAAGUUACUUUGCAAUGUUUACAUGAGCAGCUAUCAUCGGAAUACGAAUCUCUUAACAAGGGCAAAGAACAACUCAAAGGAGUAGUACGGGACUUGCGUAAUGAGUCACGCGAACUUCGAGAACAUAUUGUUGUCUUAGAAACCCAAAUUGAUGAUUUGAAGCGCCAAAAUACAUCGAUGAAAUCUUGUUCCGAAGAUCUUGCCAUUCUUCGUACUGAACAUUCAAAGCUGACGGAUGAUUUUCGUAACUUGUUCGCAACCAGCGAACGUUUUAAGAAUGAAUACAAAAAUAUUCAAGAACAAUACAAAAUGAUACGUAUGGAAAAUGGUAAACUAAAACUACAAAACAACGAACUCACUGGUGAAUUGGGCAGUCGAAACGAUCAACUAAAAAUGCUAGAAAUACAGUAUGCGAAAUCAACACAGCGCUGUGAGAUGUUGAUGCAACAAAAUGGAGAUUUAGACACAGAACGAAAAACUUUAAUGGAAAAUGUUUCUCAUCUACUAAAGCAAUACCAUGAAUUAUUAACCCUAUCGCUAGAAGAUAAAAAACAUUUCCACGAAGAAGAGAAAAGUUACACAGAAUGUGUACAUAACUUAAAUCGCCAAAAAGAAAAGUUAGAGGAAAAGAUUAUGGAACUCUUUAAAAAAUCAGAAGCUGUUGUACCAAAAAAAAAACCAUUUGCAAGUAAUUUGGUAAGACGUGUAAAAAAAGCCAGUUCAGAUUUGAUGAAUAAAGUUCCAAGUCGUAAUCGUCGUUCUUGGAUUGAUGACUCCCGAUUAACUCAAUCACAGUUUAUGAUUGGUUCCGAAUCAGGUGGCAAUGAUUCUGAUAAUAGUACCGAAGAACCACUAUCGAUUAACUCGGAUACUCAUUUGUUGCAGCGCAAUAUUCCAAUACGUCAAAGUCUUCAGCGUGAUGUUUUGGACCAUUCCAUUUCUCGUGGUGGUACUAUGAGGAGUAGUUUGCAAUCACAAAAACGUACGGAUUUAAAUAAUUCACGUAGAAAUAGCGUGCACGGUUUGGAGGCGCCUGAUGUAACAGGAAGCAGUUUAACAUUGGGGGCAGCUGGUUCAAGGCGUACCGUUUAUUUGAUAGAUGAGAAUCAAAAAAUUCCCGAGACAGCUGAUGGCAGUGGAGGUGGAGGGGGUGGAAGUGGUAGUAAUAGCAGUUCAACUGCAACUUUGAGUGGAAAAAAUAAUACAGCUGAACCACAAACUCCAACUUCAACUCAAAAAUCCGAAAAUCCUGCAACAUUUCUUAUGUACAAUCGCAUUAAUAAUAUAAUUGGUGGAAAUUCUACUAAUUUAGGAGGCAGUGAAACACCUUCAAACACCACUGCUGCUGGAAGUGGCAGCAGCAAUCGUGAUAUGGAUGCCAAUCAGGAUGAUAAUAAACUAAUGCGUAAUAAACGCCCGGAAGAUAAAAAUAAUAGUAUUUGGUAUGAGUAUGGCUGCGUUUGAUUCCUCCUGUGCUGCUUAAAAAUACUGAAAUACUCUGAAAAUUUAUUAAUUCUUAAAAAGUUAUGCCUUAAAAUAGUAUUUAAUACGAAUUUACCAUAUAUGUACACAAAUCAAACAAACCAUAAAAAUGAGACUCGAAAUAACUAUUGACUGAAUUGUAGAAUUUAUACAUACAUACAUAUUUACACUUCAUGUUCACAUCAAAAAUUAAUAACAAAAUUGCAAAACACAUCUAUUAAAAAAACGCUUCCUCCUCUCGUUCUCUUUUAUAAAACUAUUUAUACACUCGUAUUUACAUUAAAGCCUUAAGAAUUUCUUAAAUCAAAAGAAAGUAAACAAGUUUUCCGUAAAAGAAGUGUGAUUAACAUUAAUAAUUCAAAUAUAUAUUUUUUAAUUUUUUUAUGUGAAAAAACAAAAAACACUUAAUAUACGUCGCAUCAUUGCCAUGUGCAUUUAAUAAAAUUAAACUGUCCAUUUAUAUAUAUUUCUUUAUAGAAAAUAACUUAAUUAUAUAAUAAAAUUUUUCUUUAUGUUCUUAUUAUUUUUAUUUAAACAAUUGUUCACUAGCAACGAAGUACUUCUCGAUUGAAAACAAAUCAAAAAUAUGUUAUUUGUAUAAUAUAAUUAAGAAAUUAAUUUGUUUAAGAUUUAUAAACUAAAAAUAAUUUAUUUAAAACGCCUACAACUUAUUAUACACAACUACAUACAUAAGUACAAUUUUAAUAUGUUUAAUAAAAUUUAAACAAAAAUAGACUUUCGCACAAAAAUCGUCGUCUUCUUCUACAAUAACAAUAAUCACCACAUGAAAUAAAUAAUUCCUAUAAACAUACAAAGGCCACAUGUCACUACGUAUUAGAAAAUGUGCAGCUUUACAAAUAGCAAUAAAAAUAAAUGCAAAAUGUAUGAUUUUUUUUAUUUAUUUUGCAUGAUCAUACUUCAUCAAAACUUCAUCAUCAAUGACAAUAAAUAUUUGUAUUUCUAAAAUUAAUAAAAAAUAAAAACUAUAUACAAACUAUUUUAAAAAUUUCAGCAUUGUAAUAUUGUAUUGAUUACAACAUAAAAACAAUAAAAAAUAAAAAAUGUGUAAUAUUGCAUUCCUAAAA